CUCGAAUAUGACGAAGUCUUUCUGUUCCUCGUGUGAGAACAAGCAAGUCGCUGGCUCACCGCUGUUCAAGACUUUUAAAACUUUUCUUAGAAUAAGUCGGCCAGAUUUCAUAAAAUGUCAGGAUUCAAGGAUAACAACUACACAAAGGAUGGCUCUCUGAAGGCUUCCUCUGAGGAGGCACCCAUUCACCGAAUCCGAAUUACUCUCACCAGCAGAGUUGUCAAAAGUUUGGAGAAAGUAUGUGCUGACUUGAUCAAGGGUGCUAAAGAAAAGAACCUCAAAGUUAAAGGUCCAGUUAGAAUGCCAACAAAGAUUUUGCGCAUCACUACCCGUAAAACACCCUGUGGUGAGGGUUCCAAGACCUGGGAUAGGUACCAGAUGAGAAUCCACAAGCGCAUCAUUGAUUUGCACAGCCCCUCUGAGAUUGUUAAGCAGAUUACCUCUAUUAGCAUUGAGCCUGGUGUGGAGGUUGAAGUGACUAUUGCUGAUGCUGCAUAAGACUGACUUGGUCUCUGAUUUGAUGAAUAAAGUAUUCAAAUGAA